AGAAAAGCUCAACUUAGCAUCGAUAUAUUUAAAGUCAAGCAUUUUCUCAAAGUGUGAUUGUGCAAAUUUACCAAGAAGAUGGUCUCUGAGACAAUAAACAGUGUAGAUCUCGUGCCCUCUGAUAGAAGCUCAGAGAGCCGUGGCAGCACCACUAAAGCCACAUGUAGCUUGGAAAAAAAGAGGAAAGCCAGCACUGCAUCAGAGUCACCUAGAAAAAGGCUGAGGAGUGGCUGUGGACCUGCUCAGUUGGCAGUAGACACUGUGCCAGUAAAGGGUGUGAAAAGAAAGGCCAGCACCUCGAGAGAGACACCAGCUAAAAGACAGGAGAGAGGCACCAGUAUCAGACAAUCACAUGAGGAGGACAGAACUAAGCAGCUGCCAGGAACAGAAACAUCUAGACAGGCAACCAGGGAAAAUGACUGUGAGCCCUCGCCAGGAUGCAGCAGUCAAUCAGCUCCCAUUUACAACAGUGGGAACACGUCCCUCCCAUUCAACAGAAACAGAGCCUUCUUUGAGGCCAAAUACGAAGAGCUUGAAAUGCUCGGGGAAGGAGGCUUUGGUUCUGUUUAUGCUGGGAGAAGAAAAACAGAUAAUUUACCAGUGGUGAUCAAACACAUCAACAAAGAUGAUGUACAGCGUGAACAAGUGCGCUUCCGGGGGAAAACUUCUAUGGUUCCACUGGAAGUUCUACUAAUGGUGACAGUGGGUAGUGGACCAUCUUCUGUAGGGAAAUCUGCAGCCGUCUCCAUACUGGACUGGUAUGAUCUUGCGGAAGAGGUUCUUCUUGUAAUGGAGAGACCAGUCCCCUGUGUGGACCUGCUCACUUACAUGAAGAUCAAUGGUGGGGCCCUGCAGGAGGACAUUGCUAAGAACAUCAUGAAACAGAUGGUAGAUGCAGCCAUACAAAUGCUUCGCAACGGUGUUUUCCAUCGAGACAUCAAAGUGGAAAACCUACUUGUUGAAACUGGCUCCCAUGAACAUCGUGUUAGAGUCAUUGACUUUGGCUGUGGCUGCUUGGUGCAAGAACAACCAUACUCUGAAUUCUCUGGAACCGAAGAUUUUGCUCCUCCAGAGUUUUUCACAGACGGGAGAUACGAGGCUGUCCCGACCACAGUCUGGCAGCUGGGAACACUGCUGUACGAAAUGUUGGAUGGAAAGCAACAGUUUAGCACCUCCAAGUUUCUCCGCCAGAGGGUUUCUUUCAAUAUUGAGAUGUCCCAAGACUGCAAGCAUUUUUUGCAGAUGUGCUUGACACGAAGGCCAGAGAAGCGAGCUACCUUGAAACUAAUUUAGGAGCACCCCUGGCUGCAGAAUCCAACCAAAAACAAACCUUGUGAGACCUAACGACAUGGGCCGGGGAGUGAAUAAGCCUUAUUCAGGGUUUGAAAUCAGCUAUUGUCUCCACCUGAUGCCCACUAAACAUUUGACAUCAGAUAGACCUGAUGAUGGUUAUAUUGGGUCUGUCUGUUCAUGACCAAUU